CCGUACAGGAUACGAAGCAUGCUUGUGUUCAUUUCUUGACGCGCGAGCAUCGCAAGUGAGUUUAAUCCACAGGAUUCUGAUUCGUACGUCGUCUCUAAAAGUCCUCCUCACCUCGUGUCAUCAUGACCAAAAAUAAACUGGGCUCCUUCGGGAAGAUGCUGAUGAGACGUCGUGUGGUGGACAGCAGUCAGGGUGAAUCCCGCUUCUCUCGAUGUCUUACCACGCUGGACCUCACAGCCCUAGGUGUGGGAGCAACACUGGGUGCGGGUGUUUAUGUCCUGGCUGGGGAAGUGGCCAAAGAAAAGGCUGGACCUGCCAUAGUGCUUUCAUUCCUCAUUGCAGCCCUGUCUUCAGUUCUCGCCGGUCUGUGCUACGCUGAAUUCGGUGCACGGGUUCCCAAAACAGGAUCUGCUUACCUGUACAGCUAUGUCACAGUGGGUGAAAUAUGGGCCUUCAUCACGGGAUGGAACCUGAUUCUGUCGUAUGUGAUAGGCACUGCUAGUGUGGCAAGAGCUUGGAGUUCAACUUUUGACAGUCUGGUGGAAAAAAAGAUCUCUGGUUUCUUUAAAGGCUCAAUGUCUUUUCCAGACACUGGAAAAGUGUUGGCUGACUAUCCAGACCUUUUCGCUCUUAUUCUGGUCAUGCUACUGACUGGAUUAUUGGCAUUCGGAGUAAGUGAGUCUGCACUUGUCAACAAGAUCUUCACAGUAGUCAACCUGGUGGUUCUAGCAUUUGUCAUCAUAUCAGGCUUCGUGAAAGGCAACACUGCCAACUGGAAUCUUACUAAGGAGGAUUUUAUUAACAGCACCAACCAGUCGAUAUCAGAACAAGAAAUCGAGGAAAGAUUUGGCUCGGGCGGCUUUGCUCCAUUCGGUCUAACCGGAAUCCUUUCAGGUGCUGCCACAUGCUUCUAUGCCUUUGUGGGUUUUGACUGCAUCGCUACUACGAGCGAGGAGGCCAUAAACCCUAUGCGUUCCAUCCCAAUAGGGAUAGUUGCCUCGCUGCUCAUCUGCUUUGUUGCAUACUUUGGAGUCUCAGCAGCUCUUACCCUCAUGAUUCCCUAUUACCUGUUGGACGAUAAGAGUCCGCUUCCCAAAGCUUUCAGCUAUAUACAGUGGGACCCUGCACGCUAUUUAGUGGCUGUGGGUUCCCUAUGUGCUCUUUCCACCAGCUUAUUGGGCUCCAUGUUCCCUAUGCCUCGUGUGAUUUACGCUAUGGCUGAGGAUGGUUUGCUCUUCCGUUCCCUCUCCCGCAUAAACAAGAAAACAAAGACACCUGUGUUGGCCACCAUCGUGUCUGGCAUAGUGGCAGCUUUGAUGGCUUUCCUGUUUGAACUCGAUGCCUUAGUGGACUUGAUGUCCAUUGGGACCCUGCUUGCCUACACUCUCGUCGCUGUGUGCAUACUCAUUCUCCGAUAUCAGCCAGGCACUCUUGGCUCAAGAGGUGUGGACCGGAGGCAAAUGGAGAUACAGCGGCUGGAAGCAAAAGGAGCCAUGGCAGAUGUGGAUAGUGGAGAUGAGUCUGGCCAGGAGCUAGAGACAACACCACUUAAAGAGAAGUUUCUCAUCAGGCUGCUAGUGCAGCCUAGCUGUGACGUGCCAAAUAUGACGUCGGGCUUGAUUGUUUAUUCUGCAACUGGCAUCAUCUCUGUGCUUUUCACACUUCUGUGUGUGGUGCUGUCGGUGUGUGGAGAGAAAGUGGGGAACGGCAGCCCUGUUCAUAUUACUGUGGUUGUUGUGCUAACUCUUCUGUCCUGCAUCUGCAUCUUUAUUAUUUGGAGACAGCCCCAGAGCAAAGAAGUUCUCACCUUUAAGGUUCCCUUUCUCCCCUUGCUGCCUUUGGUCAGUAUGUUUGUAAAUAUUUACCUCAUGAUGCUAUUCAACAGAUAUACGUGGUUGCGUUUCACCGUUUGGAUGGUUAUUGGUUUUCUUAUUUAUUUUGCCUAUGGUAUAUGGAACAGCUCGGAAGGUCUUUAUAAUUCUCCACAAAAACUUGAGCCAAUUCUGAAAGGAAAAAGACCCAUCUAUCUGAAUGAAGAUGAGAGUGAAAUUGAGGGCGGUACGCCCUAGGAAGAAAAACUGGAUUAUUCUGGCAGCCAUGUUACAACCAGUUUUGUUACAUGCAGCAGUUUCACAUGUGCAACUUAUGUUUUAUCUGAAGUCUGCUUUGAAAACUGAAAAAGAGGGUUUUUGUACAGUACGUCAACUGUAUAUUAUUUCUAAUUGUUUACCCUGUGUCAGUGUAUAAUGCUACUGUAACAAACUAGUGUGAACAGUAUUUGAUCUAGUCUUACAAGGUCUUAUGUGGAAGUAUUUUAUCUGUUACCAGAUCAUAGGUGGGGCAGAACUGUUGUGUGCAGGGUGUUUUUCUGCCUGUGGGUGUUUCUGGUCAUUUAAGUUGACUCUUGUCCCAUAGUGAAUGGGAUUGUGUUCAGGAAAGAUACUUUGGGAAAGUAGGGUGAAUUCAAUUUGAGGUCAAAAAGUGAAUUCACUUUAUAUUUAGUAAAACAAUGUGUUGUUUGUUUUGAUUUCAAAACGUCUACGUAAUUCAUUUUUUAAACUUGACAUGACUGGAGAAAAGAGUAGAUGAAAAUAUAUAUUUAGAACUGCAAUUUUGCCAGGAGUUUUCUAUUUGCAAAAGUAUAUUCUUUAUUUUUGUGAUGUAUUUUUGUGAUGAUGUAUAGGCUCUAUGUAUUUAUGUACCAGUGGGAGGAAAUACUUGACAUUAUCUCGUUGACAUUAACUUAAUAUUUUUUUACUUGGGUGAUGAACUUUGGUUACAGUUUUCCUUUUAUCAUCAGAAUCUUAGCGCUUUUAUUUCAGAUGAUAAUUGUUAUCUUAAGAUAACAGUUUGUGUAGUUUUCAUAAUGUUUUUUGUAAAAACAUUGGACUAUACAUUUUCAUUAUGAAAAGGUGGUCAUGGUAGAGUUUACAUCGUACAUGAGAUUAUGACAAUUUACUGUUUUUUUACCGGGUCAUGAUAUUUUCAUUACAUGAACAUUAAAGCAGAAUGUAUCAAUUUAUUUUACAUAUCUUAAUUCAUUGCGAUUUGCUGGCUCUGUAAAAUUUUACAGUUAAUGUUUAAGUAAUGCUGCUAACCAGUCAAUUAAAACCAUAUCUGUUACAAGCUGGAUCCUGUGCUUUCCUGAGGCUCAGUGGUUGAGCACAGCGCCAAGGUCAUAGGUUCGAUCACAGGGGAUUGCACAUACUAAAACAAAUGCAAUGUAAGUCCAUUUGGAUAAAAGCGUCUGCCAAAUGCAUAAAUGUGAAUGUUACACAUAUUUAUCAUUCAGUUGUAGGCCUUUUAUCCUUUAAGGGAGUCAGCCUUCUACCUGGAUAGCACAAGAAUAAUUUUCUACUUCAGUGAUGUUUACAUGGCUUACUACUAUUCAUUUUUCAGAAGUAUUGUUAUUACGCUAAUGGAACAUGCAUAUUUGUUUAAUCUAUUGUAUGUUCAAUUUUUAUGUGCAUUUUUGUAAAUAGCCUAAAUGUGCC